GCUUGCCCGCCGCCGACCGCGACACCACUCAGUCGGCCGUCCUGGGAAAUCGUCCGUUAUCAUCGUUUCGCCGCCGCCCUUAUCAGCCUCACACGCAAUCGUUUUUAUCAACUGGGGGACUAUCAGUAGUUCCCAUCGAACACAAAAUGGGUAGUAAAAAAAUAUUAUGUAUAUUAUUUUAGUGUGUACCUACACUACAUCGUAUGGCCGUAUGGGUACCACCUACGUUUAACAUUAUUCUAGUGCCGUUCAACAGUCGGUAGCCAUCGCAAUUAAUAGUAUUAUAAUAAUAAUGCAUAAUAUUGCAAUCGUCUUCGAUUAGACUAUCGAACAUGUUAUUGUACUGAAUUGCGUAUUUGUGUGUACUCCAAUCUCGACACAUACCUACUGCGCCCGUCGCGGUUUUAAUAUUAAAUAUUGUUAAAAUCUUUUUCUUCUCAAUUUAUCUGCUGUUAUUGUUUUAUUAUUUUAUUUACCGUUUUCACAUAUUGAUUUUAACAUGACGGUUUUAUCGAAAAAAAAACCUCAGGCCCUAUUAGAAGAAUGUGAACCUUCAUCGAGCACCCACGGUCAUGCUUUACCUCAUCCAACGACCCAAGCUCAUUCUCAGAUAAAUGCAUUAGAUGAACGAAUUAAGUCUCCUCAAAAAUGGUCUGUAGAAAAUAUUGAGAAUGUCUUAGGUUCAAAACAAGCAAAACGUAGGAUUCACCGUAGUCCGCAUAGAAAUACAAGAAAUAGUAAAGGACGUGAUAGAGACAAUAGAUUAUCUCAAAGUUCUUGUACUUGUCAGUGUGGAGCCACUGACUUAAAUGGUCACUGCAGUUCAGAUAAGUGUGGAUAUAAUAGUGAGGAUGAAUAUGGUGAAAUUCCAAAACAAUUCAAUGACAUGGAAUGGGCUGAGCAAGACCGUAUCUUUGAAAAAAAGUUGAAAAAAUGUGAUCUAGUUUUGAAACAAAUGAAAGAUGACGGUGCGUGUCUGUUUAGAGCUGUAUCAGAUCAAUUAUUUGGGGACCAAGAUAUGCAUGAUAUAGUUCGUAAACAGUGCAUGGAUUAUGUUUCGAGCAAUAAAGAUUAUUAUAUGCAGUAUGUUACUGAAGAUUUCAAUACAUAUAUUGCUCGUAAAAGACUAGACCGAACUCAUGGAAACCACGUAGAAAUACAUGCAAUGUCUGAGUUAUAUAAUCGUCCAAUUGAGGUUUAUUGUUAUGAAAUUGAACCAAUAAACAUAUUCAAUAGAGCUAAUACAUCAGAGUCCUCUAAUCCACCAAUAAGAUUAUCUUAUCAAAGAGGAAGUCAUUAUAAUAGUAUUGUAGAUCCACAUAAAGCAACAAUUGGUAUAGGAUUAGGAUUACCAAGCUUUUCACCCGGUUCGGCCGAUAAAAAAUUAUUAACUGAUGCUGUUCGUCAAAGCGAAGAUUACUUGUUAGAACAGACAAUGUUAGAAGAUAAACUUAGAGCUACAGAUUGGGAAGCUACAAAUGAUACAAUUGAAGAACAAAUAGCACGUGAAAGUUAUUUACAAUUUUUAAAAGACAAUGAAAAAAGAAAUAAAAAAGAUAAAGAGACAUCUGCCACGUCAACAGCAACUUCUGCAUCUAUUGUCAAAUCAUAUCAAUCUCGAACUUCGCCGCCAAGAUAUUCAGUUGGACCUAAAACCCCACCUGAUUUAUCUCCCUGCAGAGAUUGUUCAGAAAUAGAAAAUCCAACAUUUGUCACAUUACCUCCACAUCUUUUUGGCAUGUCUAAAUGGGAAGAUUUUGGUAUCUUAACAAAAGUUUUGGCCACUUCACAACAAGAGUACCUUGACAGUUUAAAAAGACAACGUGAUGAACAUAAAGAAGAAGAAGAUAAGAAAUACUUAUAUGAUACAGACAAACCAUCUACUUCUCAAUGAUCUUUUAAAUAAUGAUGAUUUUGAUAAGAUAUACAUCAUGCAUUAUGAUUAAGAUCAACAAUUUUUUUUUUUAAUUAUUAUUUUAAUCCACCAUGAGCCACUAUUAUCUAGCUUGGAUAGCUUCAAAAAAUAUUUCACUGUUCACAUACUUUUCAUUCAAACUAAUUUCAUUUUAAUAAAUAUAAAUAAUUCUUUAUUAAUUUUAAUUGUUUAUUAUGCAAUUUAAAUUUUAAAUAUAAUAUUACAUAUUUUAAUUAAAUGCCUGAAUUAAUAAAUAUUACAAAGAGGCAGUGAAGCUACUCAUGGUGGACUAAAGUAAGUAGUCUUACUUAAUGUAAUUGAUUUUUAUCUAUCUUAGUAAUAAUUUAUACAUUUUUUAAUAUUCUGUAUUAUUAAAACAUUUGCUGUGCUUGUUAACAAAUAGCACAACUAAGAUAAAAUAAUGGGGGGGGGGUUAUACUUACUUCAUUUUAACAAAGCUAGGAAUACUCAUAUAUUGAUUUUAUAUUCAAAAUUCUGAAUCCUUCAAUUUAAAAUAUACCCUAUUUCAAACUGAAUAGUCGGUCAGUUAAUUUUAUCCAUUUCACGCACUUCCAACCUACUACUACGUACUAUUGGACGGUCCCUAAAUUAAACAUAAUAAUAUUACUAAUUAGGAAUAUUAAUCAUAAAUGUAUGUGCGUUAUCUUCGGAAAACAUCGGCUAAUAAGGUGGGGGAAAUUUGGGCUCGCCACUGCUGAAGCAGUUAAUAGGUAUGCGCGAAUAGUGAUACUCUGUUGAGAUAUGACACAAAAUCAAAUUUAGGGUUUGAAAUCAAAAUAAAAAAAUAUUUUGGUUUUACUACUCAGCAGGCAUGUGGAUUGUAGAAUUCAGUAGAGUAACGGACAAGCAUUGCCAAUAUAAACUGGUUCCUGUGCAAAUCAAAGCUAGGCAUUAAUUAAUUAGAAAAUUAUUCUAACUUAACUAAAUGAUUUUAAUUCAUAAGAACUUUGUCACUUAAUCAACCUUAAUCUAAUUCUAACUUGUUAAAAACAAAAAAUAACUUGUUUUUUUAAAGAUUCCUUUUUUAUUGCAUAAAACUCAAUGUUCCAUAAAAUGUAAAACUACUGAAUGCUUACUGGAUAAUAAUUAAUAAUUAAUAAUUUAUUAAAAUUGUUUAAUAAUAGAUCGGUACAUUUUCGAUAAUAUAAUUUUCUAUUAAUCCUUUAUGUUUCUUCUAAUGUACUAUUUCAGGCCCAGAUUAUACCGGCUUUUUAUUUUUUUUAAAGGUUCCCGUAAAAAGGUUUUUUUUAAAAUCAAAAUGUUUCCAAAAAUCUAUUAUUUUUGAACUUAAAUAACUUUUUUUUUAGUUACGAUAUCUAAAAAAUAAAAACAAUAUUUCACAGCCAAAGUUCUCGUUUUUACGUAGUGAAAUUUUCGUUUCUUAGUUAUCACUGUAGUCUUCUCAGUUCUUUCCCGCGCAAUACAGUUUUUUCUAUGUGUUACAUUUGUAAGACGGAGACAACACAUGCGGGUGUAGCAUCCUCUCAAUAAAAUAAUUCACAAAUGAUUAAAUUCAAAUUUUUGUAGUUAGAUUAUGUAACAGAUAAAAAAAUUAAUAAUUGAUUUUUUAAUUUUUAAAAGUUGUGUUAUUAAUAGGCAAAGUAUAAGAUUAUAUUAUUUUUCUUUGUAGGCCCCUAUUUCUCAAAGCAUGAGGGCCAUCAAUCCGUUCCUUAAUCCGGGCCUGCACAGUUUAAACCACAGCUAUAUAAUAUAUAAAUAUAGUUAAUAUCUAAUUAUUUAUUUAAUGAAAUACUGUACAUUUGAACAAACAGAUUAUUAAAUUUAAACCUUCUAUUUUCUAUUCUAACCUAAGUUAUUAUUUUCAUCAGCUAACUACUAUCCUAGUUGAAAUUUGAGAAUUCAAGAAUCAACUUUGUUAGUUUUUUUUUAACUUUGUUUACAUAACUAAGCUUUAGCGCAAAUACAUUCUAAUUUUGAAUGAAGUAUAGUUAACAUUUUAUUAAGGUAUAUUGAUUUUAUCUGUUUUUUUUUUCAUUGCCUCAUUAGCUCUAUCUUAAUUUUGUCGUCGUUGUAUUUAGGUCAUAAUUUUAUAAAAUAAAAACACAUAAAAAAAAAUUAUAACAAUGCUUCUAAAAAUGCUCAAAUAUGUUGUAUAAAUUGUUUACUAUGCUUUUCAAAAAAAAAAACUCAGAUUCAUGACAUUUCCCCGUAAAAUAUAUUUCCUGUAUGAGAUUUCUCUAUCUAAUACAUUACCUUAAAUCGGUUUUAAGAUUUCUACAACAAUACAUUUGCUAUACAUUUUUUAUUAAAAAUACUGAAAGUUGUUAUCGAUGCAAAAACCAAAUAAUACACUGAUAAACUUAUAGUUAAGAGGAACUAUAACUCACUUUAAAAUGAUAAUAUCAAUAAAAGUAUAUGACAUUGUCUAGAUAAUAUUAUUAUUUUUAAAUUUGAUAAUAGGUAAAUUUAUUCUAAUAUUAAAGCUGACAUCACAAAAUGUGUUCUGCUGAACGCAAAUUUGCUUUGAUGUACGUUAAUAAGACAGAGAAAACACAUGCGAGUGUUGCGUCCUCUUAACACAUAUAUUGUUAUAAUGUGUUAUUUUAUUUUAAAUACAGUUUAAAAAAAUGUUAUAUAUAUUACCUAUGUCUACAUAUUACGUGAAAAGUUCCAAAGAAACAGUUCUACUUGCGUUUGAUAUAUGCAAGACAUAUUUUUAUAUUUUUAUUUUCAUAUUAUAUUUAUAUUUAUGUGAUCUAUUGAUUUCGUUUUUAUUUUAUAUUUUUUAAAUUAAUUAUAUUAUUCUUACAAACCAAGUAAAUCUCAAUGUAGUGUAUUGGAUUAGAAACAUUAUAAAUGAAGAAAUACCUUAUGGGGAAAUGUCCCAAUACCGAACUAAAAAACACAUAGAUAUGUAUACAAUUAUGCUCCUAAAAACGCUCAAAUAUGCAGUAAAAAUAUUUAAUCAUGCUAUGAAAAUUUUUAUAUCUAUAACUACCAUUAUUUUUAAACAUCUUGAAAACAUCAAAAAAUUGAUAGAUACUUAUAUUAAAAUUUUCAACAAUUUUUUAACUAUAAAUUAAACAAAUUUAAAAUGCGUGAUAAUACCAAAUUAUGCCAAAUAUCAAAAACUUAUAAAUAUACAAUAAUAUAUAAAAUAACAUUUUAUAUAUUGAAUCCUAUUAACUUGAAAUUAUUAUUUAUUAUUACCUAGCAUUUGAUUUGACUUAAAAUAUUUUAUGUCAGUGGCGGCUAUCCUAUAGUAGAGGUGUAGCACCUGCUACACUUUUAAUUAGAGGUGGGUGGGGUGGGUUGUCUAUAUAAUUUUUUGUAUGCGAAUAAUAUAGAAUAAUACUUUGGAAUAUUUUAACAGUAUAAUACUGCUAUAAUAGUAACUAUUUUUUUUUAACAUGUUUAAUAAACUAUUCAGUAGAUGGGAUAUUAUGUGGAUGAUUAUUAUUGAGGAUGGGUGGUUACUUCUUAUAUUUCGCUAUACCAAUAUUUUUAUGGAUAGCUGCCAUUGUUUUAUGGUGUACACUCUUAAAAAAGCGCUGCUAAAAUUAAAUAUUUAGCAGUGGUUAUAUUUUCAGUAGGUAGAUAAUUUUACACAUUGCUUUGUGCUCUCAAAAUGAUGGUUCUACAGAGGGUUUAUAGAAAUCAUUUAUUUUAAUUGCCGUUUGUAAAUAACUUUUUUUGUACUUGUUUAUAUGAGAUUAAAAUAACAAAAAUUGAGUUAUGACUUAUGUGUAUGUAUUAUAACAUUAGUAUGUAGUGAAUGUAAAAUCGUAGUAUUUAUUAUAGUAUUAGUAUUACUCACAUUGUGUUAAUAUACAUAAUGAUCAUUUAAUAAUGUUACUAUCAAGAAAGUUUAAUUUUAUAUGCUUAGUUGCAUAAAUAAUCACUUAAUCAUUCAAUGAAUCAAUAAGCUAAUGACAAUUAAAACAUGAAAUCAUUAUUAAAGGAUCCACAAUUUGUCCAUUAAAUGUAGUGAACUAUUAGAUUAAUCAAGAUUUUGUGCAACUCUGUGUAAAUUGUUUAAACAAAGGCGUAGUGGCAUACUCAUCGGUGAGGGGGGAAAGGGAAUUUUAGGCGUCCAACUUCCUUCUGGUGCAAUAACUAUGUACGUAAUAAUAGGACAGAUUGAAUCUAUGUUCUCAGAUCUCAGUAUACCUUGGUAUGCCUAUAUCCCUUAAGGACAUUGACGAGUUAGGAACCCACAAAAUAAAAUAUUGUUCUAUAGAAAAAAAUCUCUGUAUACAUUAUAAGCACCAUAUUUUGAAAUAUAUAUUAUUAAAUGUAACCCCCCAAAUAUGAUAUUCGAAAUAUCUAUAUUUGCCACUACGAGAAUGUAAAACUUUGUGUAUGAUAUGUAUAAGUGUUGAGGAAUAAGUGACACUAGAAUAUAAUUAUGGUAUUGGAAGUAUUUUUAUGUCAGAUGGUGUCUUAUUUAUCUGAAAUAUAUGAAACAUUGUCAGGUUUCUAUAAUAUUAAAUAAGGAUAAUACUAUAAUAUUGUGAUAAUAAUAAUUAUUUCUAUUUUAAUAUAAGUUAGUAUAAAUUAUACUACAUAUGCCGGUUGCAUAAAAAAUUAAUUAAUUUAAUGAUUUAAAAAAAUUGAAUGGACUAAUUAUGGGCUACUAAAUCAUGUUUAAGGGAUCAUUAGCUCACUGUUGAUUUGAUAAAUUAUAAGUGAUUGUUCAUAUGACCUGGCUGGCAAUAGUGUAAUUGAUCAUUUUUAUAGAAAUAUGUGUAUUUUUGAUAAAUGUAAUUUUAUGUUUGUUUUAUUUUGCAAUUAUUGAAAUAUUUGUAAUAUAUUAAUAGUUAUGUAUAGUUCUAAACAUCACAAUAUUAAUAUUAAUCUUACAUAGAAAUAUUAAAUAGUAUUUAUAACAAGUUAAAUUUCAUAUAUUUGCCUAUAUUUUAUGUGACAUGUAUUUGAUAUUUAAGUUCAUAUAGUAAAAGAGUCCUGCAAGGACCCUUAUUAUAAUCUGCCUGAAUAAUGACACAAUCUCUCUGAUGAUUGCUAAGUUUAUUACGCUGUAUUAAGGAAGAUACACCUUAUUAACAAUUUAUUUUUCUGAAUAAAUUUAAAAUGUUUAAAUAUUUUAUACAUUAUCAUAAUUAAAAUAAUUAAUUCAUAUAUACCUAUUGUAAAUUACAUUAAGUCACUGGCAGUAUUUUAUACAUUCUUACAUAUUCCUUUUGGUAUGUACAAAAUAUAUAAAUAAAGUAAACAUUUUAAAAAAUAA